AUGAUUUAUGAAGGCGAUUAUCAGCCACCGUUUCUCUACCUUGACGAAGUUUUGCCAGAUCAAGAAGCAGAUAUAACUGAAGAUAUACCAAUUACUGGAGUCUUUGCAUAUAUUAUUCCAGGUGAUCGUGUAGAAGCAUAUUGGCAAUUUAUCGAUUCAGAAGGUAAAGUUGUCAAACAAGAGAGCCUUGGAGAAUUUACUGUAUCAAUAGAACAGAUGUUCAUGGACUUUGAUAUCAAGAUCAAACCACCUACAAAACUUGGCCAGUAUAUAUUAAGAAUUAAUGCAUAUGCUGAAGGAACCGACUCCUUGGUCUAUGUUGAUUAUCCAUUUACUGCUGUCCCUGCUAAUUAUAGACCAAAGUUGUAUGUUCUUCCUCCUGAAUAUGUUUAUUACAUUUCAGAUUCUGAAGUUUCUUUCUUGGCUUCAGCAUAUGAUGAAGAUUUAGGUGAUAAACAACUCACAGCAAAGGUUUUCUUCAAUAAUGAAGAGGUUGCAACACAAGAAAUUGCAAAUAGCAAAGAACUAAAGACCAUCAAAUUCAAAGUUCCAUCCAAUACAGCAGCUGGGCAAUAUCAGGUUAAAGUUACAAUUACUGAUGGUAAAAAGAUUGCCACAAAGAGAUUUAUCAUUGUUAUCCAAGAUAAUACAGUUCUCACAACUGCAUUCGAACCACUAAUCAACAAAACAUACAAUAAAGGUGAUAAACUCAAUUUCACAGCUGUUAUCAAUGCCCAGAUACAAACUUUGAUAACAAAUUCAGUGUUUCACUCUUCUAUAAUGAUAAAGUUAAGAAGACAAUAG